AAAAAAAAAAGUCAGGAAGCCCAGGAUUUGUGGGGAGCAGAGGGCAGCGUUCCUGCUUUCUUGCGUGUCCCCCAGAGCCGAGGUCCCGGUCCCUGGUCUGGAGAAACCGGACACUGCGGGAGUGACCGCGGGCAGCGGUCGCGUUCCUGGAAGAGCACCGCCCCCGCGGGGCCGGGCGCCAGGCAUUCCUGUUCCAGCCCAGCUAAAACCAUUCCUCACCCGCAGGAGAGAGGCCAUGGCAGCCGUGUUCCUGCCCGGGAACCUUCAGGACGAAGCCACUUGCUCCGUGUGCCUGGAGUUCUUCAAGGACCCCGUGUCCAUCGAGUGCGGGCACAACUUCUGCCGGGCGUGCAUCGUCAAGAGCUGGAAGGACCUGGAGAUGGAUUUCCCGUGCCCACAGUGCCGUGAGGUUUUCCAGCAGCAAAGCUUCCGCCCCAACCGGCAGCUGGCGAACAUGUCCGAGAUCAUCAGCCAGUUCACGCUGCGCGGGGCCAAGGGCGCGCAGGAGGACGGGCUCUGCCCCAAGCAUCGGGAGGCGCUGAAGCUCUACUGCAAGGACGACCGCAGGACCAUCUGCGUGGUGUGCGACAGGUCCCGGGAGCACCGGCCCCACGCCGUGGUGCCCGUGGACGAGGCUUCCGAGGAGUACAAGGAGAAAAUCCAGGAGCGCUUGGAUUUCCUGAGGAAGGAGCGGCAGGAGCUGCUGGAGUUCAAAGUGAACGACGAUAAGAAAACCCAGGAGCUGCUGAAAACCAUUGAGAGCGACCGGCAGAAGCUGCUCUCAGACUUCGAGCGGCUGCGGCAGUUCCUGCAUGACCAGGAGCACAUCCUGCUGGGGCAGCUGGAGAAGAUGGAAAAGAACAUUUCUAAGAGGCAGAACGAGAACAUCACUGACCUCUCCAAGGAGAUCACGCUCCUCAACAAGCUCAUCACCGAGCUGGAGGAGAAAAUCCAGCAGCCCAUGCUUGAGUUCCUCAAGGAUGUGAUGGGUGUCAUAAGCAGGAGCGACGAUGUGAAGUGCCACAAGCCCAUCCCCGUCUGCACCGACAUGAAGAUGCACGUCUGCAACUUCUCUGUCAAAACUGUUGUCCUUGAGAAGGUCUUGAAGAAAUUCCGAGAACAUCUGCAGGACGAGCUGGGACGAGGUGAAAAAGAGGACCUGACCCUGGACCCCGACUCAGCCAACCACCUGCUGAUCCUCUCCGCUGACCUCAAAAGUGUCCGGAUGGGCUGCAGGAAGCAGGAGCUGCCCGACAACCCCAAGCGCUUCGACACCAACUCACGGGUCCUGGCCACCACGGGUUUCAAGUCAGGGCGGCACUACUGGGAGGUGGAGGUGGGGCCGUCGGAUGGCUGGGCCUUCGGUGUGGCCAAGGAGUCCAUCCGCAGGAAGGGGCUAACGCAGUUCUCCCCCGAGGAGGGGAUCUGGGCCAUGCAGCAGAACGGGGGCCGCUACUGGGCCGUCACCUCACCCCAGCGCACCCCGCUGUGCCUCAGCCACAAGCUCAGCCGGGUCCGGGUGUACCUGGACUACGAGGGCGAGGAGGUUUCCUUCUAUGACGCUGAGAACAUGCAGCACAUCUUCACCUUCAACGUGGCCUUCCAGGAGAAGAUCUUCCCCCUCUUUUCAGUCUGUUCCACUGUCACCUACAUCAAACUGUGCCCCUGAGGUGCCUCAGGGAGUGCCAGGGAAGCGCUUUGCCCCUGGAUGAGCUCAAAAGACUCAAAUCAGCCUGGUUUGGUGGGACGUGGGCUGGGGGAUGGGCAACCAGGUGGUCAGGAGAGCAUCACAAAGAGGGUCUUCAGGACAGGUGGAAGCAGAGAGAUGCCCAGAAAUUGUGGCUGCCAGCUUAAAGGAAGGUUGUGGUCACCAGCUUGAAAGCUGUGGUUAGCAACUCAAAGAUCAUGGCCACCAACUCCAAGGCUGUGGCCACCAACUUAAACCCACCUCUGGAAGGGGUGACAAGCUCAGCCUCAGAGAAGGAACCCUCCAGAUGUCAUUUGUGGCUCCGGGUCUGACCCCACAUGAGAGUUUAAGGGUCUGUGGGAAGCUUUGGAGUGGCCUUUCCACCCCUUUGGAUGUGCCAGUGGCUGGGAAAUGGAAUAUUUAUAGGGUGAAUGACCGUUGGGAAAGGUGGGAUUGAGCAGGCAUCUUUGGGCAUCCAUCCAAGGCAAAGCUCCUCUGUUUGUCCACAGAGAAGAAAUGCAGUCAGAAAUUUCCUUUCUCCAACCUGGGGUAAUAAUUGUCCCCCAAAAGUUGUUUUUGGAAUGUUGUGACAGUUGUCCAAACUGUCUCAGGUGACCACUGUCCACCAGAUCUGACCUGUCCAGUGUGGAAGAGUCUGUGGGCUUUUGGCUGCUCUCCCUGUCUGGUUCUCCACCCAGGGCUCCUCUGAAAGACUAUGGAAAAGGUUAGAAGGUGCUUCUUUUGGAUUUUUUUUAGUGAUGUUUGUCCUGCUGGACCUGAGCAAGACCCACAUUUGUCCCUCUGGUGCUCCUGUGCUAAGGCCUCUCUGUGGACAAGAUGUUCACAAAAUAUCUCUCAUGGUUCUCACACUUUGCUUGGAUUUAGGUGCUGAAUCUUGUGCUCCCUCAGGUUCCCAGCAAAAUCACCCAUUUACCCUCAUUUUUUGGGUUGCAUGAUUCUUGGGAGCUUCAUCCCCUGCUGAAGCAGCGCUGCUGAAGAAAUGACAGAAAUAGAUGAAAAUCCCUGGAAUAAGGAAGAUAUUUACAGGGCCUCAACUUUUCUGAUGUCAGAAUUGUGUUUGAUUUGAAACUGCCCGGGUCAUUCUUAGGCCACGUGUGGGAAAUAAGAGGUGCUACCUGGGCUCGUCUUCAUAUAUAUACAUUAUAUAUACACGUAUUUAAAAUAUAUUUGUAUAAAUAUAUGUCAUAAUACACAUCUAUGUAUUUAUGUGUUGGGGCAAAGGCAUACAAAAAUUAUAUAAUAUAAUACA